CUUCUCCCUUCAAUUUUCCAUCCAAAUAGGUGCCCUAGAAAUACAGAUAUUCCACCUUACAACAACUACACACCCUAAUGUUACUUUCGAUCUCUCCUUUCUCCAAACCCUAACAAAAAAAAUCAAAUCUUGCUCUCCAAGUUUCCCCAUUCCGGUUGUUGUUAACCGUCACGAUAAACUUUCAACCGCUUUGAUCUGGUCUAUUGAUCAGAAUUAGGGUUUUUGUUCGAGCGGUUUUUGACAGUUGACAUGGCGGAUGCAGCGGAUGAAGAUGAGUACGAGAGUGAUCCGGAGCAGGCCAAGCUUUCGUUGAAGAUGCGGCGGAGGACGGUGGCCAGUGACGAUGAGGAGGAAGACGACGGUGGUGGUGAUAACGCUAGGGUUAGGGUUGGGGUUGGUGAAUCUAGGGUUUCGGAUUAUGAGUCGGAUGGGCAGGGUGCGGCAGCGGAGUAUGAGGAUGAAGAUGAAGAUGAUGAUGAAGAAUAUGAUUUAGUGGAGGAAGUUGAAGUUGAGGAUGAAGUUGUUGAGGGGAGUUCUGGUGGAGUGAAAUUGGAGAAAGAGUAUGUGGAUGAGAGUGUUGAUCAGGUUGAUGAUAAUGGGAAUGGAGUGGGAGAGGGGGAGGGGGAAGGGGAAGGGGAGGGAGGGGAGAAGAAGGAGAAUGAGCCGUUUGCGGUGCCGACAGCGGGCGCGUUUUACAUGCAUGAUGAUCGGUUUAGAGACAGUGCUGGUGGUAGACACAGGCGAACUCUUGGUGGGAGGAAAUUGUGGGAGUUGAGAGAUGAAAGCAAAUGGGGCCAUGACAAGUUUGAAGAAAUGACUAUGCAUGAAAGGCCUUACAAUGAGGGUAGAAGGGUUCCAAGAGGUCGUAAUCGAGCCCGCGGUAGAAACCGAGGUGAAGAUCAUGGAUUUGUGCGUGGAAAUCGGCCUAAAACUUACAACAAUAACAAUCAAAUGAGUGGGCCCAAGUCUGUCAGAGGUCGAGGCCCUAGAAGAUAUCAGCCUUCUACACAAAACAGUUUCGAAGCUUCUGCACAAAACAGACAGUCUGCUAAACCAGUUGAGAAAACCUCACAUGCAAAUUCAGGACGAGCAUCUGCUGCCCCGUCAGCAUCAGAAUCUGCACAAGUUCCCGUUAGGAAAAAUGUUGCAUCGAAUUUGAAUUAUGCUUCUCCCCCGUUUUAUCCGUCUGGCUCUUCGAACAAAGAACCGAACGCGACUCAGAAAAAAGAUGCUCAAACUGGAUCGCUUAACAGGGGCCCACACACUCCUGUUAUGUCAGAGAAUUAUCCGGUUUCUCAGUCCAAUAUUCCUCGUGGGAAAAACGUUUCCGUUUCUUUAGGUAUGGACAAGCUUUAUAUAGAUGAUUCGGUCUCUAAGCCCUUAAACAAAGGCCAAAUUUCAUUUGGGCAAGUGGCAUAUCAACCCGUAAAUAGGCCCAAUGUUCAACCUUCUGGUCAACAGUUUGGCGCUCGAUCUGCUAGUGUGUCCCGUGCAUCUUCCCCACCGAAAACAUCUGGUCCCGCACAUGGGAUUGAACCUACUGACGUGGAAUCUUCUACGGAAUCUAAUGAUUCUAAGACCGCAUUGGUUGGAAAAGGGAAAGGUAGUGUUCCAAGCAGUGGAAUGAGCUCGUUUUCUUAUGGUGAUCAGAACUUUCCUGGUGCUCCAACAUUCUUGCCAGUUAUGCAAUUUGCAGGGCAGCACCCUGGGGGUCUCGGAGUUCCUGCUGUCGGCAUGGCGUUCCCUGGAUACGUUGCUCAGCCGAACGGGAUGGGAAAUUCUGAGAUGACAUGGUUACCUGUUUUGGCUGGUGCUGCUGGAGCUUUAGGUGCUGCUGGACUAGGGGCACCCUAUCCUUACAUCACAAUGGACGGUGCGUAUCAUGCACGUGCGUCUGGUCAGCCGGCGGCAUUAGCUCCUCCUAUAAGCAAAGACGGUAAUAUGAAUAAAUCUGGCAGUGGAAUGAUGCCUUCUCAGAAACCUGAGCUUGCAAAUGAUGAAUUGAGGCAACGCCAAAAUAAAGCUCGCAGAUACACUGAAAUGAAGUUUGAUAAGCGUUAGGCCUUCUGUGAUUUCCAGUUUACUCCUGGACCACUUUGGGCGACCGCAUUAUUCCCCAAUUAUUUAUGGUAUGUGUUUGAAACAACGCCUGCUCAUGCUGCGUCCUCGUAGUUAAAGAAUGCAGUCUGACAGGUGGCAGGACUUUUUUUGGAUGCAAGGUUUAUUGUGGCUUUGUUUCUUCUUUUUUUUUUUCUUUUUUUUUUUUUUUUGAAUUGUGAAAGUUUUUGGAUGGUAGGGCUCUCUUUGAAAAUAUAUUUGGGAGAAUAGUAAAAGAACAAUAGCAGUGGCUUUGUGUCAAGUUUUGUGAACCUCCUGUGUUUGUUUUUGUUCUUCCAUUUUGAGGAUUGAGUUGUGUUUGGGGGUUGAAUCGCCAUCUGUUUUGCGUUGCAGCAUGUUUGGACUUUGGAGACUUGUUUCUAUCUUUUGUAUGACUUGGUAAUUGUGUUUCUUGAUAACUCUGUUUUGUUA